AUGUGGACACCGAAAAGUCCCAAACCACAAUCAGAGAGUAGCACGUUCUACAGUAGGCUUAGAGAUACACGGCAAAUCAAGCUCCAGACGCGAGUGUGCCGCAAUUUUGCCGUGGGACACUCCUGUUUAUUUGGUGAACGUUGUGCCUUUUUGCAUUUCUUUCCUGAACGAUCCAUUGUGCGUAGGAAAGACAGUGAUAUGCCACCACCGCCACCAUACUCGGAAGUCGCCAAGGGGGCAACGGCACUGCCGCCCGCCUACCCGUCACGAUUUCGUCACGACCCCUACAGACCCGAGGGUUUUGUUGUUGUGGCUGAAGAGUUUUUCACGGACGACGGGACCCAACACAUACAGAGUCUUGGGGGGCAUCAUUUGUGA